GAGUGCAAAGUGUAAACACAAGGCUAUGGCUGACGAGAGGGGUGGAGGCGACAACAACAACAUUGAGGAUAAUAUGGGGAACCAACUGCAGCUCCUGCCGGAAAAUGAAGAGGACGAUGAUGACUUAGAGAUGGAAGAUCGGGAUAGUGAUGAGGCCGAAAAGCCCAACAUUAUCAACUUUGACCCCAGUCUGCCAACAUCACAUGCAUACUUGGGCGCAGACAUGGAGGAGUUCCAUGGGCGCACGGUGCACGAUGAGGAGAGUUUCCAGGUGCUGCCGGUUCUCCCCCACGCGGCGCUCAUGCUGAUCCCCGGUCAGACGGUUCCCCUGCAGCUCUUCAGGCCGCACGAGGUCAGCAUGAUACGCAACCUCAUCACCAGGGACCGCACCUUCGCCGUGCUGGCAUACGGCCCUAGUGAAAGCGGUGAGCAGCAGGAGGCAGAGUUUGGCACGACAGCAGAGAUCUAUGCAUUCCGAGAGGAACAGGAGUACGGCAUUGAGACUGUGAAGCUAAAAGCUAUUGGUCGCCAAAGGUUUCGUGUUCACGAGCUUAGGACCCAGGCUGACGGGAUUCGGCAAGCGAAGGUGCAGAUCCUUCCGGAGCGAAUCUUACCUGAUCCUCUGUGUGCCCUACAGCUGCUCUCCCGCCUGCACAUACACAAGCAGAGCCAACACUGCAUUGGCAACAGACAGAAGAAUCUCCGUUGUGCCAGUAUGACACAGUGGCCUCCCUGGGUCUAUGCACUUUAUGAUUCAGACACACUUAUGAAAAGGGUAAAGAAACAGCUUCACGAGUGGGAUGAGAAUCUCAAAGAUGAAUCCCUUCCUACGAAUGCUAUAGAUUUCUCCUACAGGGUUGCUGCCUGUUUGCCCAUAGAUGAUGCUCUAAGGUUGCAGCUCCUGAAAAUUGGCAGUGCCAUCCAGAGGCUACGCUGUGAACUUGACAUCAUGGACAGGUGCACAUCUCUCUGCUGUAAGCAGUGUCAAGACACAGAGAUCACAACUAAAAGCGAGAUUUUCAGCCUGUCUCUGUAUGGACCUAUGGCGGCGUAUGUGAACCCCCAUGGCUACGUGCAUGAGACCCUGACAGUCUAUAAAACUACCAACCUUAAUCUGAUUGGACGCCCUUCAACCCUACACAGCUGGUUUCCGGGAUACGCUUGGACCAUUGCACAGUGCCGGACGUGCGGAUCUCACAUGGGCUGGAAGUUCACGGCAGUGAAGAAGGACUUGAGCCCCACUCGCUUCUGGGGCCUGACCCGCUCCGCUCUGCUACCCACAAUCCCACACGGCGAAGAGGGCCUGGAGGGCUCCCGCGUGCUCUGCCUCUGACCUUAUGACCUCUACACUGGUCCUUGACCUUGACCUUGACCUGCAACCUGAUUCUGACCCCGCAUCACACAUUACUCUCGCCCCUCGUCUUAGCCCACCUCUUUAAGAUCAUCAUCACACAGUUGGACAAUCAGAGUGUGCAGGACAAGUGAAUAUGUAUCACUGGGUAGAGGAGGAAAAAGCAAACGGGGAUAUCAAGAGAGUUCUAGUUGACAUCUGCACAUCUGUUGUUAUCUCUGAUCUGUCUCCUGACACCAGGCCAGCCCAUAUCGGUAUUUUGGUGAAUCUAACUUUGUCAAAUAACACAGUGGACUGCCCUAUCCAUCCGCAGGCUUGUGCACAGUCUAGCUUUAGUCCACCCGCACGCAUGUGUGCCUGUAAGUCGGGGAUGUGCCAUGUUGUUUCUUUAGUUUUGUUUUAAAUCAGAGCGUAUGAUUUGAUGCUAUCUCAUGAUGUUGAUGCAGUUUUGAUGGGAAGUCCAAUGAGAUAUGAGAAUCAACCAUGAGCCAGAGAUAGGAGGUGGUGGCUCGGUAAUUCACCCUGAUUGACUUACAAAGGGACUAAGUGCAGAGUUUUUAUAUGGGGGAAGUUUUUUCUUCUAUAAUUAUUAUAUUUUUGUAUUUAUGUGGUUAGUGUCCAUCAAAGCCAAUUUCAUUGGAAAAGGUGAGUGCCUCUCACAUGAGUAUUGAGAACAUAUUAAAACAUAUCGCUGUGAAAAAAUCAUUAAAACAGUACUCUGAAAUACAAUAUACACUCAGAAUGUCUCACAGACCUCUGCUAGAUUAAUCAAAUGGCAAACAUGCACACAAACCCAUGGCAUAUUGUUAAAGGAUGUAAGAUUUAUUUGUGUGAAAAGUCAUAAACAUAGCGCUGAAAUGC